AUGUACCUCGCAUUACUACGGGUUGUAAGUCGAAAAUUUUCGAGAAGUGUUGUAGACCGAAAAAUGAAAGUCAUACCUGUCCCAGCAUUGAGUGAUAAUUAUAUGUAUCUUUUGGUUGAUGAAAAGAGCAGUGAUGCUGCUAUUAUCGACCCGGUUGACUUGAAAGGCAUAAAUAAAACUGUCAAGGAGAAUGGUGUGAAGCUUACAUCUUCCCUGGUUACUCAUCAUCACUGGGAUCAUGCUGGUGCGACGAAUGAGCUUUCUGACGAAUAUCGUGGGUUAUCUAUUUAUGGAGGUGAUGAUCGUAUUGCAAGUAUUACCAACAAGGUGAGGGAUGGUGAUAUUUUCAAGAUCGGUGAACUUGAUGUGAAGUGCUUGUAUACGCCUUGUCAUACAACGGGUUCCGUUUGCUAUUAUGUUACCGAUGGUAGUGGUGACAAAGUAGUUUUUACUGGCGACACACUGUUUAUAGGAGGAUGCGGACGUUUUUUUGAAGGUGAUGCUGCAGAUAUGGAUUCUGCUCUGAAUAAAAAACUGGGCAGUCUGCCGAAUGAUACGAAGAUAUAUUGUGGACAUGAAUACACUGUUGAGAAUCUGAAAUUUGCUCAUUCAAUUGAACCAAAAAAUGAUGAAAUUACGAAAAAAUUAGCUUGGGCAGAAGAACGACGAAAGGCUGGCGACUAUACGGUACCUUCUACAAUUGAGGAAGAGAAACGUUUCAAUCCUUUUAUGCGUGUUCGCAUAAGUGAUGAACUGAGAAACGUGACAAAAUCUUCAGAUCCUAUCACUAUUAUGGCAAAGAUCAGAUCUAUGAAAAAUAAUUUCCAUUCAUAG